CUUUUUUCAGGCAGUACAUACCGACGCGCGACCGGGAACGCGCGUGUCAAAAAUCUUCCGCAUACAAAAUAAAUUUCAAACCGUGAUCGUGUCAAGAUUGCACAAUGGCUUCGGACCCGGCGCCCCUGUCGAAGACGGCCAAAUAUAAGAAGAUUACAAAACCGCUUUUGGAGAGAAAACGACGAGCACGCAUUAAUCGGUGCUUAGAUGAACUCAAGGACCUCAUGGUCGGAGCGUUAGAGAUAGACGACGACAACCUGAGCAAGUUGGAAAAGGCAGAUAUCCUUGAGUUAACGGUUAACCAUCUUACAAAGUUGCACAGGCCGAAAGACCCGAUUCUAGAAGCGAAGAAAUUUCAAGCAGGUUUUGGACAAUGCGCGGCUGAAGCGUGUAGAUUUAUCAUGUCAGUCCCAGAUUUAGAUACGAAAGUUAGCCAGAAUUUAAUCAGUCAUUUAUCUACGUUAAUAACAGCACAACCUUUAACUAUCCAAGUACCAGAGAGACAAUCGUUUUCACCACCCACCUCACCUUCAUCUGUGGUAUCUGACAGACAACAUUAUUACAGCGAUCAUGAAAGAUCUUCAUCAGACGCUGAAGAUUCAGUAUACUCAGCUGAAGGACCUAAAAAUUGGUCCUACGCUAGGCCCAAACAGCCAAGCCCGCCGAUGCCGGGACUUUUAACAACGGUAGACAAACUUGUUCCACAACACAACACCGAUUAUGGUGCAAUGAACGGACACAGAAAUGGCGCUUACUUCAAUCGAGUCCCAGCGGAAGCUAAAGACGUCAUUUUGCAAAAAAUAAGACAGCACAUAAUGGACAAGCGUGGUAAUGAGAACGUUAAUAGCGCUGACGCGAAUGUUAAUGCGGAACUGCCGACUGAACAGAAAUACGUACACAGAGAAGAGACAUAUACGAAUGAUUACUCGUAUUAUUCACCCAACUAUCCGAGCGACACAUUGGAUUUGAGAAAGGUUCGCUCACCGUUGAAAUCGGCGGAAUACUCACCGAAGGAUACGCGAUAUACCAAAGAACCUGAUACGGUUGUUGAAAACAAGGCUGAUAUUGUUAGCGUACCGGAACCGUGCGAAUUGCCGAUGGAUUACAGCAACUUACCGCCAAAAAAGAAGAGGAAAUUGAUCGAGUACCAGGAGUACAAAAAACAGGAGGAGGCAAGGCGGCAACAAAACGCUUUUUAUGCGGAGAAAAACGAGCGGCCGCGUGAAGGACCACCGGCGGAUCACGAGUUAGACGCAAACAAGUGGCGCCCGUGGUAAUUCUAGUUUUUGCCGCCAUUUCAUUGUGAUAAUAUUAACUCUUCCAUUAAAAGCUUUAAUUUGUUAUAAAUAUAGUGUUAAGUUUAGCGUUAUUCCACAUAUGUGCCUUAUGUAAAUCGUUCGUUGUUUAAAUUGCAGUGCCAUGUUAUUUUGAUCUCGUGUCUUCCUUGAUUAUUGUCAGUAAUUUGAGUCUUCCCUUGACAUUUGUUUAAAAAUAAUUGUAUUAUUGUAAUCUUAGAUUUAGAAGUUAUGCAUUUUUAUUUGUGUGAUUUUUGUAUAUUUGUUAAGAGAUU